UCCAAUAAAUAAAACUGUUAUCUGUUUGUGACUUUAUCCCACUCCGACAGAUCAGCCAUGCUGUUUAUAUUCAGAUUGGCCAAGCGUCGUGACCCUAGCGGCUGCGUCCAGGCGCAGCUUCCCCCAGAUCCUUGCCGAAUAUUGCCGUAUAAACAGUCAGCAGGAACCGAAGUCAUAACUUCCUCACAAGCUAUCUGGCGCCCCCGUUAUAGCCAUAUUGAAUUUCUUGCAGGCGAUGUCUGCCGUCCCUGACUCGCCACAAGACAAAGUAUCUGAUGCCACUGGUCUGCAGCAGACGUGUGUACGAUUCCUGGAACUCGGCGCUGCAGGUCGGCGAUGUUGUGGGACAAGAGAUGAUUCGAAGAGUUAAUCAUUUCAACUUGUGAACUGUGUGUAGUGUCUUCGCGGUGUUCGUGAAAUGGUUUCUGUUGUUGGUUGUGAACUGUUUAGACAAAGACAUAUUGGAUUAUUAAUUGUGUUGUGGUGUUCGCUUUGAGAGGGACUCCCCCUCAUGGUUUAAUAUGAUUGGUGUGUGAAAAAAGAGGAAGAAGUAUUUCAAAUUCAAAUUAAGUGGAGUGUUCCCGGCGUGUGGCUAAUUGUUACUUGAAUAGCUUGUGUAUAUGCUUAUAGAAUAUUCAAAAGGCUUUGAAGUUUUAGUUACAAGACAGAGAAUACAUAUAUUUUGUUGUAGCGGAAAUUAUGAUGAAGAGAACAUUUGUUUGUGAAACCAUGUCAUAAGAUCGUGUUCGUCGAAUACUGCCUUAAACAACAAAGAAAAACAACAAAAGAAAAUUGCUUCGAAUUAAUGAGGCUCGUUAUGCUGUGAUACACAAUAUUCAUACUCUACAACAGCCACAGCUCACAGCUGUAUUUUGCACGCUAACUCGAUGAGACUUAAUUAACACAUCAAUAAAGAAACGAAACGAAACGGUCCUUAUUUAAUACCAAAAAAAAGCUGUCGAUUAAGGAGGAUUACAGAAUCCUGUCAGGUGUCGCAAACAAUGAGCCGCAGGGCCAGUUUGCUUGCCAAACAGAACAAAUGCAAGCCGAAGGUUCGCUUCCCGGAUGAACUGGUGUUCUUGGAUAACAUCAAGGAGAACGACUUGCCGGCCGUCAGUUCCAUGCUGAGGAGGGCCAGUGUCCAGGUGGACAUUAACGGACUUAAUGACGCAGGUUUGACCCCGUUACACCAGGCUGUACUGGACGGCAACUACGGCGCUGUUAAACUACUGAUCAGCCACGGCGCCAACGUAAGCAAAAGAGAUGCGGACUUCUGGACGCCGCUCCACGCCGCAUGCGCAGAGGGACAUGCUGAUAUUGCUAGAUAUCUGCUGAAGAAAGGCGCCGACAGCAAAGCCUUGACGGAGGAAGGCGAGCGCCCCAUAGAUCUGUGUGACCCCGCCGAUGUUGACGUCAUCAGCGUCAUGUUGAGAAGUCAGGCUGCCACGGAGACCAGUAUAGAAGACUCGGGUGAUGAACUCGACGAAAGAGACGUCAGCGGCGACAUUGACGACAUAGAAAAUGGCAACACAUGAUGGAAUACAAAAUCAUUCAUGAACUAUAAAGAUAAAUGUUUUGCAUGCUAUUUUCAACUGAGUUUAAUGGCAAAUUACAGAAAGGCUGCGUUCAACCAGUCAGCAGUUAAACGCUUUGCAGACAUUUAUGCGCUUCACGUUAAAGCGAAUGACCUCAUCGGGAACCAGUUAAAUCGUUCGCAAAUGCAAGCAUUGCUCACUGUCGCUAAACGCAUGACUUGUGAUUUGUUGGAUAAAUGUUGUUACAAAUAGUGUGUGCAAGCUAGUAUACAGAUUUUGUUAAUGGGUGUUUUUAUUCCCCAACGCACAGAAUCAUAAACUGAACUCUACCUCCUUAUGAUAAAUACAUACUGUAACAAUUCAUAAUUCUGUAAAAUGUAUUGUGUAGACAUGUGUCAGGGAAAUUAUACAAUGAGGGGUCUGGAUUGUGGUGAACUGAAAUCGAGGGCGUGAAGAAUCUAUGUUUCUAAAGGGGAAGGGAGGUUCGAGGAUAUAAUUCACUGCAAAUGUUUGAAAACUAGAUGCCCUGAAAUACAAUUUCCUGCAACCUACGUAUACUAAAUGCACUUUUAAAGGCCUUUGUUUACUACGUGUAAUAUUUGGUACACAUAUGUGUACGAUGAAUAUAUCCAAGCUUUGGAUCAAAUUACUUACAAUGAAAAACGGCUCCUUACAUUUAUUUAAUCGCAAAAAUCAUGUUUAUUAACAACUAAAACAAAAUAAUAGUUUGUAAUUAUUUUCCAGUGACUACGAAGGACUUUGUAUAUAAAAAAAUUAGAUGAACUGGUUUGACUCCCAUAAUACUGCGUUUAUGUCAAUUCUAGAGUUGUUCAAGGGCAUGCUCUCGCGGAAACGUUUUCUAACUAGUUGUCAUUUAUGUGUUUGUAUUAUUUGAUGGAAGUAUGGCAAACCUGAAUGUAUCAACCACGAUGGCAAACGUUUUCCUAUUGUGCGUCAACAGAGCUUCAAAAACAGCUUAAAAUAAGAUUCAAAAUAUAGAAGGAAAUAAAGCAGCUUGCUUUUAUUGAUGUUCAUUGUUGAAAAAUGAGAUGAUGCCGCUUUUUCUCCAUAAUGCGAUGGCGUUGACCACCUCGACGGUUGCGUUGUAAUUUCCCCAACAUCCGACUUACGACGAGUGCGCUCAGAUUAACAACUGAUUAUAAAAGUCGUAUACGGCGAACAUCAAGUUGUAGGAGCGCUCAGACUAGAAACUGAACAGUCUUAGAAGUCGUGACAGCAGAACGUAUGCCAACUUUGUGAUGACAGUUGGUAGUCUGAGCCUAGCACAAGACAUGACUGAUAACUACGGGACUGCUCACAUAGAAUAUUUCGCAUGGUCUCCCGCUACAAUUUUUGUUCUGUGCUUAGUGUAUGUUGUGUGUGCUAAGAAAUCUGUUGCUCUGAAGUAGGCUUUUUAAUGUUAUUUCAAUAAAGGCAGCUGGAUAUGGUGUUUUACGGAUAACAUCAAGAAAUCGGUCCAGAACGAACAUUCUUGCCGACAUAACUGAUAAAUAAAAAUAUUUUUUAAUUAGAUGGUUGUUAAUGAAAUGACAGUUAUAAAUGAAUUAAGAUA